AUGAGCAGUCAGAACGACCCUCCCGUCCCGCUCCUGCGUAGGACAUCGAGCGGCACCGACGACGAUCCAUACUCUACUUCUUCGUCCGGGCCAACCCCGGUCGUUGACCAGGCACAGCAUGGGGCAUUGCCACACAAUAUCGACACCCAGGAUGACGUGAAUACACGGCAGUGGAUCAAGGAUCCUUCACGCACCCGGAUGCUGUCCACUAGUCCGGUGCUCCGGAGCCUCACGCCGUCGCCGUAUUCCGAGAAUAGGGUGGCGCUGCCGCCGCUGCCGCCACAGUCGGCCCUUCAGCGCUUCUGGCAGAGGAACAAGAGUGCUGUGCUCGUGGCCGUGUCGCAGUUCUUUGGCGCCUCGAUGAAUCUAAGCGCGCGGCUUCUCGAGCUCCAGGGCGACGGCAUGCAUCCGAUCCAGGUUCUCCUUCUCCGUCAGUCCAUCACGUCUCUCUUCUGCACAGCUUAUAUGCGGUGGAAGGGUGACGGUGGACCUCUCAUGGGAAGCAAGGAUAUCCGGUGGUUGCUGAUCAUCCGGGGAGUGUCUGGUUUCUUCGGGAUAUUCGGCAUGUGGUAUUCCAUGAUGUAUCUACCCCUGGCUGAUGCCACAGUCAUCACGUUCCUGGCGCCGGGCGUCGCCGGCAUCCUCUGCUACUUCUUUCUCAGGGAGCCGUUUACGGGCAUAGAACGACUCGCUACGUUUAUCGCGCUGCUGGGCGUCGUCUUCAUCGCCCAGCCUGCGUCCUUCUUCUCCAACCCCGAAGCAGACGAGCCGACUGGCGAGGCCCCGGACGGAGACUCGGCGAUCCCCGGCUUCGGCGACGACGACAUCGCCACGACGGAAGAGCGCCUGAUGGCUAUCGGUGUCGCCCUGCUGGGUGUCCUCGGCGCUGCCGGCGCCUUCACGACGCUGCGCAUACUCGGCAAGCGAGCCCACCCGCUCGUCUCAGUCAACAUCUUCGGCAUCGCCUGCACCAUCAUCAGCGUCGCAUCCCUGAUCCUGGCCCCACUGCUUGACAUUGGCCAGCCGUCGCUGCGCUGGACGUGGCCCGGAUCGGUGAAUGAAUGGCUCCUGCUGCUCAGCCUCGGCGUGAUGGGCUUCAUCAUGCAAUACCUCCUCACCGCGGGGCUGCAGGGAGACAGGUCGAACCGCGCCAACUCUAUGGUGUACACGCACAUGCUCUUCGCCGUGAGCUUCGACCGGUGGGUCUUCCAUCACGAGAUGAACUUGAUGAGCCUUGCCGGCUGCGUCCUGAUCUUAGGCAGCGCUGUCGUCGUCGUCUUCCUCAAAAAGCCGGCACGUGCACAGCCCAAGACGGAAGACGUCGAGGGGCAGAGGAUACAUGCCGACAACGACGACAACGAUGCCGGCGACAACACUGAGAGUUCGCCUAUGCUUACCAGUGCUGGCGGAAAUGGGGAGAACCUGUCGUUUCAACGUCUGUAA